GAGCUGGAUUUUGAAGCUAAGACAAGCUAUACUCUGAGGAUAGAAGCAGCCAAUUUGCAUGUCGACCCUCGCUUCCUGAGUCUGGGACCUUUCAGUGACAUGACAACAGUGAAGAUAAUCGUAGAAGAUGUCGAUGAGCCACCAGUGUUUACAUCACGUUUGUACUCCAUGGUGGUGUCUGAAGCAGCAAAGGUUGGCACUAUCAUUGGAACCGUAGCGGCCCAUGAUCCGGAUGCCUCAAAUAGUCCUGUCAGGUACUCAAUAGAUCGAAACACAGACCUAGAGAGGUAUUUCAAUAUUGAUGCCAACAGUGGAGUCAUUACAACUGCCAAAUCUUUGGACAGGGAAACUAAUGCUGUUCAUAAUAUCACAGUUUUGGCUAUGGAGAGUCAGAAUCCAGCACAGAUUGGGAGAGGCUAUGUAGCCAUCACUAUCCUUGACAUCAAUGACAAUGCCCCUGAGUUUGCUAUGGAGUAUGAGACAACUGUCUGUGAAAAUGCUCAACCUGGUCAGGUCAUACAGAAAAUCAGUGCAAUUGAUAAAGAUGACCCACCAAAUGGCCAUCAGUUCUACUUCAGUUUAACAGCAGAGGCAGCAAAUAACCACAAUUUUACACUUCAGGACAACAAAGAUAACACUGCAACAGUAUUAACCAGAAGAAACGGGUUCCGAAGACAGGAACAGUCUGUUUUCUACUUGCCAAUAUUCAUUGUGGAUAGUGGAUCACCUUCACUUAGUAGCACUAAUACCCUCACCAUCAGAGUCUGUGAUUGUGAUGCAGAUGGUAUUGCUCAGACAUGCAAUGCAGAAGCAUAUAUCUUGCCUGCAGGACUUAGCACUGGAGCCCUGAUAGCGAUCUUGGCUUGUGUCUUGACACUGCUAGUUCUUGUCUUGCUGAUUGUCACCAUGAGGCGACGGAAAAAAGAGCCCCUCAUUUUUGAUGAAGAGAGAGAUAUCAGAGAGAACAUUGUCAGGUAUGAUGAUGAGGGUGGUGGAGAAGAAGACACUGAGGCUUUUGACAUGGCUGCCUUGAGAAACCUCAACGUUAUCCGAGACACUAAGGCCAGAAGGGAUGUGACACCUGAGAUCCAGUUCUUGAGCAGACCGACUUUUAAAAGCAUCCCAGAUAAUGUAAUUUUUAGGGAGUUUAUCUGGGAAAGACUAAAAGAAGCUGACGUGGACCCCUGCGCGCCGCCCUAUGACUCUCUGCAGACAUACGCAUUUGAGGGGAACGGCUCGGUGGCAGAGUCACUCAGUUCUUUGGAUUCCAUCAGCUCAAACUCUGACCAGAACUACGAUUACCUCAGUGACUGGGGCCCUCGCUUUAAAAGGCUCGCGGAUAUGUAUGGGACUGGACCAGACUGCUUAUACUCAUAGCCUUGGAACCUUUAUCUGAAAAUGCACUGAAGAAUACUAAAACAGAAAACUCAACCUUACAGAC